AUGCCAAACUUAUCUAAUGGAUCUGGUAUAUUGUGGAACAAGUAUGAUUUUCCUGUAUUCUUGCUCUCGGAGAGUAGUACGAAGACCAUCCAAGAGGUUUCUGAAGAAAUUUUGAAGAGACAGAGAUCUUAUACCACUGUUGUGGCUGAGUUUGAUCUUGUGAUGCAGACAGUGAAAUCUGGAACUCGUGAUUCAGAAUCUUGUUUGAAAGAGGAGACCUGCCUUCCAUUAGGGGGAUACAGUGUUUGGUCAUCACUUCCUCCGCUUAAUAUCUCCUCCUUAGAUCAGGGUAAGCCUAUUAUAUUGACUGUGGCGUCAAUGGAUUCGGCUUCAUUUUUCCGUGACAAAAGCCUUGGUGCAGACUCCCCAAUAUCAGGCAUGAUUGCACUCUUGGCAGCGGGCGAUGCACUAUCACAUUUGGAGGCUUUCCAUGACCUUAAUAAAAAGGUUUUAAGAAUUGCUAAUCUUGAUUCAAAUGUGUAUUUGAGCAUUGAAGAAGGUAUGAAUCUCUAA